AUGAAGGCGAUUUUUCGUGUAAUCCCUACAAAGCUGGAGGCUCUAAUUGAGAAGAUAAAUCAAUCUGAAAGUGACAAAAUCACAUGCAUUAUUGUUGAUGAGUUCUUGGGUUUGGCACUGGAGGUUGCGAAGAAAAUAGGAGUUAGGGUAGUAUCCUUCUCGCCUGUAGCAGCAGCUCUAUAUGCUCUGAAACUCAAUAUUCCAAAGCUCAUUGAUGAUGGAAUCAUAGACAACUCUGGAACUAUCAUGAAGAAGCAGAUGGUUCAGUUAUCACCCGCCACAUUAGCCAUGGACUCUGAACACUUUGCUUGGGCAAGUGUCGGUGAUGCGACCACACGGGGUAUUGUUUUUUAUGCUAUGGCAAUAAAUAACAGAACAUUUAAAUUGGCUGAUAGGAUUAUCGGCAACUCAAGUAAUGAGUUAGAGGCAUCAGUCUUCACCUCAUUCCUAGAAAUGUUGCCUAUUGGCCCUCUUCUAGCCAGUAACCGGCUUGGAAAACCAUUCCAAGAACUGGCUUUGGGACUUGAACUCACCAAUAUGCCAUUCCUUUGGGUUGUGAGAUGUAAUUUAACUGCAGAAACAGAUUGUGCAUAUCCAAAAGGUUUCAGAGAUCGAAUACAAGGACGAGGAAGAUUAGCCAGUUGGGCACCUCAACAACAGGUCCUGAGCCAUCCGUCAGUUGCCUGCUUCCUCAGCCACUGUGGCUGGAAUUCUACAAUGGAAGGCAUGAGCAAUGGUGUCCCUUUUGUCUGCUGGCCUUGCUUUGGAGACCAGUUCGCUAACAAAAGCUACAUAUGUGAUAUUUGGAAGGUUGGAUUAGGAUUAGAAAAAGAUGAAAAUGGAAUCAUUGCACAAGGAGAACUUGAGAACAAAAUUGAGCAGCUAGUCACUGUUAAAGGCUACAGGGAGAGGGCCUUGGAUUUAAAAGCAAAGGUUAUGAAUAGUCUUAAAGAAGAUGGAUGUUCUGACAAGAAUUUCGACAACUUAGUCAAGUGGAUUAAGGAUGAUUAG